AUGAAUGAGUGGGUAGGCCCUGAUGUCAAUGUUGUGGGACCUCUGCAGAUGCCACCAAACGAUGGCUUCUCCCUGCCAGAGGGCUCUCACUUCUUUGAUAUUCUGGCAGAGCAGAGCAGCCCUCUGCUUCAGGACCAGGAGGUCUUGCCUUUCGGCAGCUUUCCAAGUAUGCAGUACUCCACAAUGGAGCAAUCCAUGUCCUCGCCAUCGUACUACUCCAAUCAGCCCUACUAUCCCCAGUACAGCACAGAAGAGUGGUGUUCCCCGUCCUCCAUGCUGGAACUAAGGAAGGGCCCACUGGAGGGAAACUUUGAGGCAGAGAUCGAGGCGCUAACUCCUGUUGUUCCCACUGUGUAUAAGAAACCCAGACAUGCUGCCCAUUCAGGCAGGUUCAAAGGAGAAGAACUGUGUGUCGUGUGUGGGGACAAAGCCUCGGGGUACCACUAUAACGCUCUCACAUGCGAAGGAUGUAAAGGGUUUUUCAGAAGAAGUAUAACAAAGAACGCAGUAUAUAAGUGUAAAAGUGGAGGGAAUUGUGAGAUGGACAUGUACAUGCGCAGAAAGUGCCAAGAGUGCCGACUCCGGAAGUGCAAGGAGAUGGGAAUGCUUGCAGAAUGUUUGCUCACAGAGAUCCAGUGCAAGUCCAAAAGACUAAGGAAAACCCCCAAGAAUUCAUCAGAAGAUGGUACAGGAGAUGAUACAGAGAUGGGAGACAGUGGAGAUACUAAGCAGGUCACAUCCACAACAAAAACCUCAAAAGAAAAAGUGGAGCUCAGUCAAGACCAGCAGGCUUUACUAAAUGAUAUUCUUAAUGCAUACAACAGGCAUCAUAUUCCUCCAGAUAUGGCCAAGAAACUGCUCCAAGAACAGUUCAGCACAGAGGAGAAUUUCCUCCUUUUGACCGAGAUGGCAACCAGCCAUGUUAAGGUCCUGGUCGAGUUCACCAAAAACAUCCCAGGGUUCCAGGCUCUGGACCACGAGGAUCAGAUCGCUCUACUAAAGGGUUCCGCAGUUGAGGCCAUGUUCCUGCGUUCAGCCCAGGCCUUCACCAAGAAGCUGCCUCAUGGAAACCCAGAGGUGUUGGAGGAGCGAAUCAGAAAGAGCGGUAUACCUGAGCAGUUUACCAUCCCCAUGUUCAACUUUUAUAAAAGUAUUGGAGAGCUGCAGAUGAUACAAGAGGAACAUGCUCUCCUCACAGCCAUCACUAUCUUGUCCCCAGACCGGCCCUAUAUUAGGGACCAGCAGACUGUGGAGCAACUCCAGGAAGCCAUGCUAGAGGUGCUGAGAAAGGUCUGCAAGCUAAAGCACCCUCAGGAGCCACAGCAUUUUGCCCGAUUGCUCGGCCGACUGACCGAGCUGCGCACUCUGCAUCACCACCAUGCUGAGAUGCUGGAGUCAUGGCGAACGAGUGACCACAAGUUUAACCCGCUGCUUUGUGAGAUCUGGGAUGUACAGUGA